UCUUGAGAGUUUAGGGUCCAAAUUAAACCCUAGCUAAGGCAAUUCCUUAGAUAUAUGAGUUCUUUAGUAUUUGUUUUUCUUAUUGUUCUCUACUUUAAUGAUGGUGUCCUUGCUAGAGGAAGAAGCAGGGAAGUAAGCUUUGAUCAAAAUUACAAGGUGAUAUGGGGUGAUAAUCAUGUUGUGUCCUUAAACCAAGGGACAGAAAUUCAGCUCUUAAUGGAUAACUCUUCAGGAUCUGGCUUUGGAUCCAAGAAGAACUAUGGCUCUGGAUUCUUUCAUCUAAGGAUCAAAGUACCAAGAGGCGAUUCUGGAGGAGUUGUCACAGCCUACUAUAUGACUUCGCAAGGAAGCAAGCAUGACGAGUUAGACUUCGAAUUCUUGGGUAAUAAAAAAGGGAAGCCGUACAUAUUACAAACCAAUGUAUUUUCAGAAGGCCAAGGGAACAGAGAGCAAAGGUUACACCUUUGGUUUGACCCAACACAAGAUUUCCACCAUUACAGAAUUCUUUGGAACCAACAUCAAAUUGUAUUUUUUGUGGACAAUAUCCCCAUUAGGGUAUUCAAGAACAUGAGCAAUGUUGGAGUUAGGUACCCAACAAAGCCAAUGCAAAUACAAGCAUCUUUGUGGGAUGGAGAUAGUUGGGCAACAGAUGGAGGCAGAACCAAAAUAAAUUGGAGCAGUGCACCUUUCAAAGCAUAUUUUCAAAGCUUUGAUGUUAAAGGCUGUGAAGUUCUUCAAGACUCAUCAGAUAUUCAACAUUGUGCUUCUCAUAAGUACCAAUGGAAUACCCCAAGCUUUUGGCAACUAGAUCCUGUAAGACAAAGACAAUAUGAAAAUGUGAAGACAAGAUACAUGAUCUAUGACUAUUGUACUGAUAGGAAGAGGAAUCCCACACCUCCUUUGGAGUGUUAAAAUUGAACUAUUACAAUUAAAUUUACAAUUUGCAGUUCUUAAU